AGACCCACUCGGAAGAAAUCAUGUAAAUGCCUGGAAUGUGGGAAGAGCUUCCGCUCUGCAAGUGACCUCACUUGCCAUAAUAGGAUCCAUACAGGGGAAAAGCCAUAUCAUUGCGCCGUGUGUGGAAAAAGCUUUGCACAAAAGGGCAAUUUCAAUUCACAUAAGAGGAUCCACACUGGAGAGAAGCCGUAUAAAUGCACAGAGUGUGGAAAAUGCUUCAGUGCCCCAGGUACUCUUACUUCCCAUAAGAGGAUCCACACAGGGGAGAAACCCUAUGAAUGCCUGGAGUGCGGAAAAAGCUUUAGCAGAAGUGGUGCUCUAACCUUACAUAAUAGGAUGCAUAAAGGGGAGAAACCUUAUCAAUGCCUGCAGUGCGGAAAAAGCUUCAAUCAAAAAGUUCAUCUUAAAUCACACGAGAGGAUCCACACGGGAGAAGAACCAUUUGAAUGCAGGGAGUGUGGAAAGACCUUCCAUUGUUCUUCAACCCUUACAUCCCAUCAUAGAAUCCACACAGGGGAGAAGCCCUUUCAAUGCCUGCAGUGUGGAAAGCACUUUUCCACUUCUGGUGGCCUUCAUGUCCAUGAACGGAGCCACACAGGGGAGAAACCGUACAAAUGCUUGGAGUGUGGAAAGAGCUUCCGUAAAUGCGAUCAUCUAACGUCACACAGAAGAAUCCACAGUGGAGAGAAACCAUAUCAAUGCACCAGGUGUGGGAAGAGCUUCAGUAAUUCACGUAGUCUUACUGUCCAUAAAAGGAUCCACACAGGUGAAAAGCCUCAUAAGUGCCCUGAAUGUGACAAAUGCUUCACUGAUUUGCGGUCCCUCGCUCAUCACAAAAGGCUCCACACUGGAGAGAAACCAUACGAAUGCCGCACGUGUGGAAACAGCUUCAGUGCAAAAAAUAGCUAUGUCAUACAUAGCAGGACCCAUACUGGGGAGAAACCCUAUCAGUGCCCCGAGUGUGGAAAACGCUUCAGUGAUUCUGGAGCACUGAGGAUCCAUAAAAGGAUUCACACA